UAUAGAAAUUUUUUAACCUUUUGAACGUUGACCCUAGAAGGAAAAUUCCUGAUCCGUCCCUGACCGUCAGUACUACCACUCACUCGGUUUCACAAAAAUGGCAGCGGAUGGUGCUCUGUUUCUUCGGAAAAAGUUAUGGAAGAAUGUUGCAGAGGCAGAGUCUGAGUUAUCAGGUUUCAUUCCCAUUUCUUACUUCGAAGAAAUCAAAGAAUUGGUGAAACUGAUAAGAAGGGCGGUCCUUUAUGGUGAUUGUUCACACCCUCAAGCUAUCUAUGGGCUUUACGAGCUCAACGACCUGUUGGCCGAGUGCCGAAUCUUCGCACAUGAGUGGAAGAAGGUCAACAAGAAGUGUCUGCUCCUCAACCCUUUCAGGACUUAUUUCAUCCGAAAGAUGAAGAAGCGGCUGGCCACAAUCAAGGGGACGUUUGCUGAGGGUAUGAGAAGCCACAGAGAAACGCAGCCCAUGAUCGAAGGUCGUUACUUGGGCCGCAAAAUUCCCGGGAACAGGAGGAAGGAUCGGGCCGAAUUCAUGUUACAGCCAAAGCAAGUUUUGGGUUUUGAUGAGCAGGCAGAGAAGAUUGAGGGCUUGUUGUUCGGCGGCGUUGCUGGGUUUACGGCAAUCGGGAUCGUCGGCAUUGCCGGCGUUGGUAAGACCGCUCUUGUACAAAAAGUUUUGUUUAGUGAUAGAGUUUGGGAUGAGUUUUCUCCUGUCAUUUGGUUGUGCUUGUCGGAUAUAAGCGAAGAAAUAUUACAAGUAAAUACUGGGUUCAGCAUUGUGACUUGCAUUCUUGAAAAUUUAUCGGGUGAAAGGCUCAAUCGAGAUGUAGAAGUAGAUGCUAGGAUGCGUGUUAUUGAUAAGCUGUUGUAUGCUUUAGAUCGACAUGUAGAUGUAAAUGCUAGGAAGGCUGUUCUGGAUAAGAUCUCGGAUAGGGUCAGUGAUAGCCCUGCUAGGGAGCUUGUUGUUGAUAAGCUCUUGGAUGAGCUCCAUCGACAAUUAAUGGAUAAAAGGUAUCUGAUUGUGUUGGAUGAUGUGUGGCACAAGAACGACUUCUAUUCGGAUUUAUGUUAUGCACUUCCGCAAGAUGAAGGAAUGGAGUGUCGGUUAGCCCACGGAUUGCCGAAGGGGAGUGGCGGGGCGGUCAUUGUCACCAGUAGGAUAACGGAAGUGGCUCAAGAUAUGGUGGGGGAAAAUAACUUGAUUCUCGUUAAGCCUUUGGAUAGAGAAAGUUGCUGGCAUAUAUACAAGGACUCUAUUAAGAAUGAAGUUUUUAGCAAAUCAAGUCAGGAAAUUUUGGAAGAGAUUGAGAAUGAAAUAAAGGAUCAAUGCCAUGGUCUGCCGUUGGCUGCUAAGACACUCGCACAAAUCAUUCCCGAACAGAUUCGUGAAAUCGAGAGGGAACGCUUCUUCAAGGAGACAUACAUACCUGAUGAAUUGCUUAAGCCUGAUUUGGAUGUUGAAACUGCUGUCCAUGUACCAGAAUGCCCAGUGUUAGUGUUUAUUGAUAUAAAUAAUAAAAAUCUUGGAGAAAGACUCUUUGAUGAUUUUUGCUACCAUCUUAAUAAAAAGCAGGUUUAUGCUGUGCUGGAUGAGAAUUCUGAUUCUGAGCAAAAAGGAAAGCCAGAGAAUCCUGAGAGGGUGCUAACUGAGUUUUAUGGUAUUCUAGAAAAGCUUAAGCGUGAAGGGUAUCAUUUUGCUUAUGAAAUUCAAAAGAGGAUGAGAAUUAUAGUUGUUGGUGGGGAUGCUCUGGCUAACUGGAUUUUGGGAAUCAUCUGUGAUCUAAAAUUGCCCGAGUCACCCUCCAUUGCUCUGAUACCAAUGGGAACUGAAAAUAACAUGGCAUCUUCUUUUGGAUGGAAAUCAGCUGAUGGAGGAUCGGCGGUUGAUGCUCUGGUUGAUGUAAAAUAUACAAAACAGAUGAAAACAGACAGCUGGCACAUUGUCAUUAGGAUGAAAGCCACUCGAAGUUUUGCAGCUCCUCAUGAAAUACCACAUUUUCUGCAUUUAUUUGAUUCUGUUGACAAGGGGGAUAAUCGAAACACGGAUAAUCUCACUUACUGCGGUGGAUUUUGGAACUACUUCAGCUUGGGAGUUCAUGCUCCAAGAUGGUAUCAAGCUAACUGCUUUCAUCCUACUGCAAGGACCUUAACCUCACUUGCAAAAGUAAAGGUUAUGAGGCAUCUUGAUCAAUGGGAAAGGCUUGACAUUCCUAGUAGCAUCAAGUCAAUUUUAUGUCUUAACUUGCCUAUCUUUCAUGGUGGACUAAAACCAUGGGGAAUAAAAAAUGUGAAGGAAAAUGAAAAUAGGCACCUGACCCCUUCUUUCAUAGAUGAUGGACAUCUUGAAAUUAUUGGUUUCAAGGAUGUUUUUCUUCCUCAGAAUGAACAUUGGAUUCGCCUUGAUCAGGUACGGGGAAUUCGCUUUGAGUUUUUGGAGGGUGCAGCUGAGGUUGUGAACAUGAGGAUUGAUGGAGCACCAUGGAAAAAAAUUCCACUUGAUGGUAUCACCUUGAUUGAAAUCUCAUACCACUGUCAAGUCAACAUUCUUGCCAAAGAAAAUUGCCCAGCAGAAUGUAUUCGUGCCUCUGAUGAUGAUGACGAUGACGACAAUGAUGAUUACUAUUACGACUCUGAUUAUGUUGGAGGUGAUGGUGGCGACGGUGUUGAUGAUGAUUAUGAUGAUGAUGAUGGUGGUGGUAGUGUUGAUAAUGUUUACCUUGAAAGACAUAUGAAGUUUGGUGCAGCUGGCACUUUCAAAAUCUCCUCAUCCUAAUAGCUAUUUUUCUUGGAUUUGGGUGUAUUUGGGCUUCUGUUAUGCUGGCCUGGCGAAUGUCGUUUGGUUUCCCUUCUUGUAAAAGAACAGGAAAAAAGGGAAACGAGAGUAAAAACAAAAAUGUAAAGGAAAAGAAAAAAGAUUUACAUGGUAAGAUUAUAUAUAUUCCAUUUAUUCAA